AUGUUUCAUUUUUCUUCUGGAGCUAGUCUUAUUCCUGUUAGUUCGGAUCAUGGGAUUUUCGUUACGAAUCUGAAUCCACACUUGACCGACAGCGAGCUUCGCUGCUACUUUCAGAAAUUUGGCACAGUUACAGAAUGCGUUAUGAGGACAGACAGCUCUUCAGGAUGGCCAAAGGGUUUGGGCUUUGUGAGAUAUUCGUCUUCUGGAGAAGCGACAGCAGCACAUGACGCCGGACCGCACUGUGUCGGAGGAUUUCAGAUACUCCUCAGGAAGGUCAUCACACCUAAAAUGAUGUAUGGCAGCCAGCUGAACCCUCUUCAGCACCAGUCCCUUCAGUCAGACGUGUGUGUGAACUAGAAGUGGAAAGCCUGAAGAGAUUUAAACUCAUACCUCAUCCUGUUCAACGAAAUGUGAACUAAAUGUGAACUUUCUGUGUGAUGCUCUGUCCUAUUGUCACAUUAAUAAUCAUGUUUUAAAGUCUGUGAA